AUGGAACCGCGGCGGCGUCAGCAGCAGCAGUCGAUCCUCUCAUUUCUCCAGAAGCAGCCGCCGUCGUGGCGGGAUCCCUCCGGGGAGGGCACGCCUCCCGAGAAGCCGCCGCGGCCCCCUAUGGGGUCCAUCGCCGGCAUCAUGGAGAGGCUCGUGCGCCCUCCGCCGCCGCAGGCCAGAAAUCAAUAUGCUUCCCAGGUUAGACAUUUGGAGGGGAAAAACUUGCCAGUGGAAAAUCAAGUUCUCUCAAAUGAGUGCUCAGGCACAUUGUUUUCAAGACCUAUUUAUGGCGAACAAAGCAGAACAAUCCUUUCCCCAGAAGGAGGUGGAGAUAUGGCUCCCUCUCAGGAGCCCCAAAAGCACUCACUGAGGUCUUCCACUGAUGAAUUUAUUAGAGCAAGCACACUGUUCCCAGAAUUUGGCUCAAAUCAAGCUCCUAUUCAGGAUCAUCCAAAGAAGUUAUUCUCAGAGUCUCAUACUAAUUGCAUUCAGGCUACAGCCUUAAAUGAGAACUUUGAUGUGCAAACUCCUUCCCAGGUUGCUUCGAAGAAAAUCUUCCCAGGGCUUGCUCAUGGUGCUGAUACACCUUUAACUGGAUAUGGUUCAGAUCAAACUCUUUUGCAGCAUUCAUCAAAGAAGUUCUCAUUGGUUUCUGCUAAUGGUGAAUACACUAGAGCAGCGGUGACAACCUUUGGGCAAAAUUCAAAUAAUACUCGCGCAGAGGAUCCUUCAAAGAUACUAUGCUCAGGGUCUUCAGACCCUUUGUAUAUUAGACCAACAAAUUUGUUUGCAAAACUUGAGGCAAAUGAAUCUCCAUUGAAGAAUCACUCAAAGAAUUCCUCCUUGCUUACGAGCGGUAAAUAUAACGUAGCGUCUGCUACUCUAUUUCCAGAACUUGACUCUAGUCCUCUGAAACCAGAAACACCAGCAAUGCAGGCAGCUAUUCCUUGCCUGAAACGAGUUCAGGAAGACCAAGCUGUGAAUGCCAACAACCAAUGCCCUCCUUUGUGGGCCUUGAACAAGAAGAUGAAAUCAGCUCAUUGUUCUAUUGAAAGGAAGGAUCAUGAUGAAAUGGCUGAUAGCGCGCGUAGCAAAUUUGAGUGGCUGAAUCCUUCUGCCAUCAGGGAUGCAAAUAGAAGGCGGCCAAAUGAUCCACUUUAUGACAAGAGUACUCUUUUUAUUCCGCCUGAUGCAUUGAGAAAAAUGUCAACAUCUCAAAAGCAAUACUGGAAUAUUAAGUGCAAAUAUAUGGAUGUUGUCCUCUUUUUCAAAGUGGGCAUAUUUUAUGAGCUCUAUGAGCUAGAUGCUGAGAUUGGCCAAAAAGAACUUGACUGGAAAAUGACUGUUAGUGGGGUGGGCAAGUGCCGACAGGUUGGCAUUUCACAAAGUGGUAUAGAUGAUGCUGUUGAUAAGCUUGUAGCUAGGGGGUAUAAAGUAGGACGAAUAGAACAAAUGGAAUCUGCAAACCAGGCCAAAGCUAAAGGAUUACAUUCUGUUAUUGAAAGAAAGUUGGUUCAUGUGUCCACACCAUCAACUGCGGCUGAUAACAUCGGUACUGAUGCUGUUCACCUUCUGGCAUUGAAAGAGGUUACCCUAGCUUCUAACAGUUCCCAGGUCUAUGGAUUUGCUUUCCUAGACUAUGCUGCCCUUAAAAUUUGGGUGGGUUCAGUCCAAGAUGAUGACUCGUCUGCAGCUUUGGGUGCUUUGUUGAUGCAGGUUUCUCCUAGAGAAUUAAUCUAUGAAACCUCAGGCAUCUCAAAAGAAACUCAAAGGACAAUAAGAAAAUAUGCCUCAGCAGGAUCUGUGAAGAUGCAGUUGACCCCCCUCUCUGGGAUAGAUUUCUCUGAUGCUUCACAAAUUCGAAUGUUAAUACAUUCUAAAGGGUUCUUUAACGCAUCAACAGAGUCAUGGUUAUCUGCUUUGGACUGUGCAGUGAAUCAAGAUGUAGUUAUUUGUGCACUUGGUGGACUUAUUGGCCAUUUGACUAGGCUCAUGUUACAUGAUGCCCUGAAAAAUGGGGAAGUCUUACCAUACCAUGUGUACAAAACAUGUUUAAGGAUGGAUGGCCAGACUCUUGUGAACCUUGAGAUUUUCAGCAACAAUUUCAAUGGCGGUUCAUCUGGUACUUUAUAUAAGCACCUUAAUCACUGUGUCACAGCAUCUGGUAAGCGGCUGCUAAGAAGGUGGAUUUGUCAUCCACUUAAAGACAUUGAUGCUAUCAAUAAAAGGCUUGAUGUUGUUGAGGGUUUUAUCCAAAACUGUGGACUAGGCCCUACAGCACUUGGGUAUCUCCGGAAAAUUCCUGAUCUUGAGAGAUUAUUAGGACAAGUUAGAUCCACUGUUGGGUUAUCAUCUUUGCUUCAACUGCCCUUUAUUGGAGAAAAGAUACUAAAGAGACGGAUUAAAACAUUUACAAUGCUUAUCAAUGGCCUCCGCAAUGGUAUUGACUUACUCAGUGACUUACAAAGAGCGGAUCAUGGUGUCUUGGCACUUUAUAAGGUUGUGGAGAUUCCAUCAUUGAGCUGCCUUUGUGAGUUAAUCCAUACGUUUGAAGAGAGAAUACGAAAUGAAUUUCCAUGUGGCCAGGAUUCUGAUGUCGACGACAAUGGUGCCAACAAUUUGGCUCGUCUGGUGGAAUUUUUUAUUGGAAAGGCUUCUGAAUGGUCUUUGGUGAUCAAUGCUGUCAGCACUAUUGAUGUGCUUAGGUCCUUUGCUGCAAUGACAUUGUCAUCAUUUGGUGCCAUGUGCAGACCACAAGUUCUGCUGAAAGAUGAUGUGCCUAUACUUCGGAUGAAGGGUCUGUGGCAUCUUUAUGCUUUUGCGGAAAAUGCAAAUGGCCUGGUACCAAAUGAUUUAACCCUUGGUCAGGAUUUAUCUGGUCUGAAUCGUUUUGCAUUGUUGUUAACUGGUCCAAAUAUGGGUGGGAAAUCCACAAUCAUGCGUGCCACCUGCCUGGCUGUUGUACUUGCCCAGCUUGGCUGUUAUGUCCCCUGCACAUCAUGUGAGUUGACCCUUGCAGAUUCCAUCUUUACGCGCCUUGGUGCAACUGAUCGGAUUAUGUCUGGGGAAAGUACGUUUCUCGUUGAAUGUACUGAGACUGCCUCUGUUCUUCAGAACGCAACUGUGGACUCACUUGUCUUGCUUGAUGAGCUUGGCAGAGGAACUAGCACAUUUGAUGGAUAUGCAAUCGCAUAUGCUGUGUUCCGCCACCUAUUGGAGCGUGUGAGAUGCCGUCAGCUCUUUGCCACUCACUACCAUUCUCUGACGAAGGAGUUCGCCUCGCACCCUCACGUGAGCCUCCAGCAUAUGGCCUGCAUGUUCAAGCCAAGCAGCAACGGCAACGGCCAGAAGGAGCUGACCUUCCUAUACCGGCUGACCUCAGGGGCCUGUCCAGAGAGCUACGGCCUGCUGGUCGCCACAAUGGCUGGAAUCCCGAAGUCGAUAGUGGAGAAGGCGUCCGUGGCAGGCCGGGUGAUGAGGUCUAAGAUCGCCGGGAACUUCAAGUCGAGCGAACAGCGAGCUGAGUUCUCGACCCUCCACGAGGAAUGGCUGAGGGAGGUCCUGUCGGUCAGCGUGAUGGACGGACUCCUGGAUGACGACAUCAUGGACACGCUGGUCUGCAUCCGGCAGGAGCUGAAGGCUCACUUCAGGAAAGCGAGAUGA